AUGUGGAGACAAUGGGUCCUUCGAGCUUCAAUUGCUUUGGUAGUUGUGUGUGGCGUUUGGAAGAACUUGCAAUGGAACAGCUUUGGUUUCAGGGAUCUGUGGCCCAUUGAAGCUUUGAUUGAGAAGAACCUCACCGAUGGGUCCACACCAGAGAAUUUUUACUCAAAGAAUACUCGUCUUCCUAUCUUUGACAUUAUCAGCGUUGGUUCUCUGAAGAGAACAGAAUACCAAAAGGCACAGAAAGAAACCUUUGGAAGCCAUCCCUCCGUUCGUCGCUUUUUCCAAAUCACAGAGAAAGAUGACUUUGAUCAAGGACCGAAGCAAUGCACAGAUCUGCUUACAUGGAACGAUGUCCGAGCCAUUAGUGGCUUUUGCGGUGGGCUGAGGAAGGAGAUUCAGAACAAGCAUCGAUUGCUGUAUGAUCUAAAGGUCAAAUAUGCCAAGCCUGAGUGGCUACAACGCACUAAAACUGAUCCUGUGGCAUGGAUCUGCGCACAAAAGAGACCAAUGGCUGGCUUGUGGAAGGCAUUGCAGGCUUACAACAAGACAGACCCUCCCGAGCUUCCUGAUUUCUUAAUCAUUAUGGAUGAUGAUACUUACUACAACAUGGAGGCUGUAGCCCAAGGACUGGACUCUUUGCAAACACAAGUUCUUGAAACACAGGGAGAUGACAGUAUUGUUGUCUCAGGAUGCGUUGUCAGAGGCAGGCUCAAGCGCUUCAAGUGGACCUUUCCUUUUGGAGGCUGGGGUACCAUUUUCAGCAAGAAUGCCCUAAAAUCAAUACUCGAACCACUAGUCUGUUCAAACAUCGCUGUGGAUGGGGAGCCAGACCUGGAGAUGUCUUCGAGGGAUUCCACGUCGCUGAGUGCAAGGUUUUGCCCCAAGCUCAUGAAAGAUAGGCUUGGCGAGUUGCAAUACUUUCGGGAUGGAAUGAGUCUCAUUGAUGUCAUGCACACGUAUGUUGCGAAGGAGCCUUAUGUGGAUCAUGCAAACUGGACACUUGGGUUUUGUCUGCAUUCUGAUUGGGUUUGGGGUUACAUGGUGAAUUAUUACAACAUCUCGGUUGCCAUGGGCCGGCGCAACAAGGAUUUGAUUGUAGACAGACUGGGUGCAUACAACCAAUCCGAAAUCAACCCGCCAUAUUCUGAAGCAGUUUUACAACUCAGGCGUCAGUGCGAUUUCGACUCUAACCAGAAUUGCACACAGAAAGCUCAUAUGUGCCACUAUGUGACCCCGCGACACAUGAGGCUCCUUGCUAAUAGCAAUGGGUGA